AUGGCACCACGAAACACGACGCCGAACAUUGUGCGAAGAUGCUCCACUCGUCGAAGCGACGCAACUGGGAAGAAUGGGAUACAGGGCAUCUUCGACGUCCAUCCGACUAUUUUCAUUUCGCUUAGUCGACCUGAAGAGUUGAACUGCGAGGACGGAUCUGCGAGGAAGAUAGUUGUGGAUUACUGUAUUCUGCCAGUGAUCUACGGACAUGAAUUUGUGUCCGUUGUGACAAAGGAACAACCGACGUACUGCCCAAUCGUCAUCGACAGCAAUUUUCUCGCCGAAAAGCCGAAGUUCCCCUGUCCUAAGUGUCCGAGUGUCUUCAGUCGCAAGAAUAAUCUUUAUUAUCAUGCGAAAUUCGAGUGUGGCCAAUCGCCGCGGUUUAAUUGUCCUUACUGCACUUAUCGCACGAAACACGUAUCGAACGUUCGUGCACAUGUGCGCAGAAAACACCCUGGCAAUAAAGUAUACGCCAUCGACGUGUGCAAAGUAGGCUUGUAA